AUGACCGCGCAACAUCAACCAAAGACAGAUCACCACAGGGGAAUGAUGGAUGAUGGAUAUUGGAAUGUGUUCACUUCGGAUUUCGGUGAUUACGAACUAGGUCCAGCUGUUGGUUUCGGAGCCUCAUCAACAGUCUAUGAAGCGAUCUUCACCCUCCCACCUACGAUACAACCUAUACCUACCAAUACAACUAUAACUACUACUACAACAACACCCGACGGCGAUAAUUCUAAGACGAGAAGACCGAGUUUGUCUAUAAGUGUGCCAAGUAAUCGCUCUCAAGAGAGGGUAUGCGCGAUUAAAGUAUCGACAUCACAUCCUGAUGUGGACUUGUUGAGUAAGGAGAUAAAAAUGUUAGGGUUGUGUAGGCAUCCAAACGUUCUGAGAAUCCUAUCAACGUUCACCCUUCCACCUGACCAUCAUCGCAUAUGUCUUGUCACCCCAUUCAUACCAGGAGGAUCACUCUCCGGAAUCCUAUCUUGGAGAUCAAGAUUGAUCACUACGCCCAAAACACAUCAUUUCCCUUCUUUCCGCUUGGGCCAUCGCAAAUCGAAGCAUCACGAUGAUAACGAUGAUCAGGACGAGGAAGAAAAAGGUAGACUGGAUGAAGAAGAGAUUAAGUGCGUGACGAAGCAGGUAUUAGAAGGUCUGGGGUAUUUGCAUACCAAUGGGUUCUUACAUAGAGACGUGAAAGCAGGUAAUCUGCUGAUAGAUCAAGACGGUACCAUCCUCUUAGCGGAUUUUGGAGUGGGCGGUGAUCUAAAUGCACCGCCUUCACCUGUUCGAUCUAGGAAAAAUAGAUUGGCAGCGGACGAAUUGAAGUUUGAUUCCAAUAAAGACGAAACGCCAAAAAAUUUGCAAAAUGGAUUCGGUCCUGGUAAGAAAGAUAAUGGGUUUAUAGGUGGCGAAGACCUGAGAAAAAGGAAGAGUUUUGUUGGCACGCCAAAUUGGAUGGCUCCGGAGGUUAUAUUGGGACAGAAAUAUGAUCAGAAAGCUGAUAUAUGGAGUCUGGGAAUAACAUUGCUUGAGUUGGCACAUGGAUCUGUCCCUGGAUGGAAAUACAAGCCCAACAAAGCGUUAUCACAUAUCAUCACCGAUCCUUCUCCUACCCUUGAUCGAUCCAUGGGAGGAUAUAGUAAAUUGAUGAAGGAGUUUAUCGAUUUAUGCUUGAACAAGGAUCCGGCUGUAAGGCCAAUUGCGAAAACAUUGUCAGAGCAUCAUUGGCUGAAAGGGGCGAAGAAGAAUUCGUUUUUGGCUCAAUCUUUGCUUGCCGACGUACCACCUUUAGCGCAGCGUCAGGAACUACGUCGUGUCCCCACCAAAUCCUCCCUCUUGUCUCACGCAUCUUCAUGGGAUUUCUCCAACACCCCCAACCCAUCUAUUCCUUCCUCGCCUAUUCGAAAUUCCUUAUUAAUACCGUCAGCGAGAUCACCAUCCAUCUCAUCUCAUAUGGAAUAUUUCAAUUCCAUCGGUCGUACCGGAUCACACUCACACUCCCAUUCGCGUACAUCAUCGUUCUCCGGAUUACCGCCCAGUCCCAGAGUAUCUUUGCGACAAUGGGCGGAAAAGAGUUACGAUGAAAGUACUGCGAAUACGAAUAGUAACAAUUUGAGUUUGAACUUUAGAACGGGUAGUGAGCGAGGAUCGAAGAGGAAAAGUCUCGCUUCGGCUGGAUUGUUGAGGAAAGGGAAAAGUACGAAUACCUUUGAUUAUUCAAAUACAAAUAAAUCUACUCCUUCAGAUAUAGAGGCGAUCUCAACUUCUUUCUUAGAUGUUAAAAUACGCCAAUCAACACAGAUACCAGAACUAGGGGGUCUACGGGAUUCACGGUCCGAUGAAAAACAACCUCAACCUACGAUGGGAUUAAUGAGUCCUGUCAUGGAGAUUACCAAAUCUCAGCAAUCUCAUCCUACAGCUUCAACUACGAGUACACCGGAAGCUGGCAUUAUCAUGGAAACGUUCGGAUUGGGAAUCACGAAUGCUAUGCUUGAGAGUGAAUCGAGAUUAGAUGAUCGACAGGGGUUCUCAGAGAGUCCAGAAAAUAUCUCGGAAGGGCAUUUGCAUCAUAGACUGGAUGAACAUCCUAAACAGAAUACAGCAGAUGAACGAGAAGAGAUGAUUGGGAAUGACGGAAAAGGGGAUGAUAGUGGUGCUGACAUUGUGGGAGAAAACCCACAGGAGCAAGUCAAGAGAGGUUGGACCGAUGAUGAAAUAUCGCAUGACGAUUCGACUGUGCCUCAACCUCCAACGAGAUCUCCUACGAUCGUAGAGUCUUCUAUCGAUCGCUCGAGUGGACUGAGCAAUGGCAAUACGAUCAAUGGAAAGAUCGAACAACCUCAAUACGCUAUUCAAGCGAAAGAGAAGAAACAUUGGUUAAGCAGAAAACGUAAUGAGCUAAGUACAAAUGCCAACACGAAUAGACCACUCUUGACUCGUAUCACAAGUUCAAGUAAGAGCGAGAUGAAUGAUCAUGUUCAUACGUCCAAACAAGGGGGACACGCGAUGGGCAAGACAGGUAGUUGGCAAGGUGUUUUAGGGAGAGUUACAGGUAAGAUACGUGAGUGUCCGAUUCAUUUGUGA